AUGAAGUUCGCCGCCACCACCCUUGCUCUUGUUGCUGCCGUCUCCGCGACCGUGGUCAAAUACGAUCCCGUCUACAACAACGCUGGCCAGUCGCUCGACACCGUCGCCUGCUCCGACGGAUCGCACGGUCUGCUCACUAAGGGCUUCACGACAUUCAGCUCGCUGCCUUCGUACCCCAACAUCGGCGCAUCGCAGUACGUUGGCGGCUACAACGACGCGGACUGCGGCUCGUGCUGGAACAUCACCUACCAGGGCAAGAGCACGUUCUUCACUGCCAUUGACGUCGCUACGUCGGGUAUCGUCACCUCGCAGACGUCAUUAGACACGAUCACCGGCGGACACGCCGUCGAGUACGGACAGAUCACUGCAUCGGUGCAGCGCGUCGCUUCCAGCCUCUGCGGUCUGUAA